AUGGCAACAAUCACAACAGACAGCGUAAAGAAAAGAAAGAGGCCGCCCACAUUCCAACACCUCCCGGAGAAUCGAGCAAAAAAGCUCAAGAAAGCAUGGGUCGAGACCCAAAAGAUCAAGAGCAAAUGGAAGGCAGAGAAGCGCAAGACGCUACAAUCUUCCGUUGCUCAGCGGGCUGAUACACAAGACCUUGAGCAGCUUGCGCAUGGUCGGGCUGGCAAAGGUCAGGAACCACAAGAUAUCACGCCCGACGCUGCUGGAGACUCGGAAGAGGAAAGCGAACAAUCCCCUGAUGAACUGGUGGCGGAGCCGCAGUAUCCACUCUCGGAGUCGGUACAUCGCUCCAAGGCGCACCAAGCAUCGAAGCAUCCUCAUCCGUCAGGCCCUUCGGCCGCUGCAGCACGUCGGCUACCAGAGUCUUCUCGGUCAAGAGGUCGGGGUGCUCGCGCGGUACGGGGUAACAGCACAGCUUGCAGAGGACGCAAACGCCAGCCUGAUAUGCGACAACGCAUGAAUAACCUCCUGGACAAGAUCAAGCGUGAUUACGCGUGA